GUUCCUCGGCAUGAGUACGUGGUCAAAUAUCCACAACAAACAUGGGGAAGCCAAAGAAAAGCAGAAAAAACAGAUUCAAUUACAACAAGGACAGGCGUAAGACGUGGAAAAAAUCCAAAAAGCUCCCUUCUAUUCCCUGUAAACCAAUUAAGCGGGCAUGGGAUGAGAGCAAGUCUGCAGUACAGAAUCUUUUGGACAUGGGAUUGUCAGCUGACCCUAACAAAUCACUGAGCAUAACAAAAGCAAAGGCUUUUACACAUGAUGUAGAAGGCACUCCUAAAUGGAAACACUCUAAAGCUACGAAGUCCCAUGUGGCUGAAGAGCUGGAGCAGGAAGCCAAUCAGCCGCACAUAAGCACAAUGAAACUUUCAGACCCCAUGGUACAGUACUGUGUGUAUAUGAUGAACAAGUAUGGAGAAGACUAUAAGGCAAUGGCGAGAGACCCAAAGAACUAUUACCAAGACACACCAAAACAGAUAAGAAGGAAAAUCCUCACUUUCAAAAACACCCCAACACAGUAUAAAGCAUAUGUAGCAUCAUUGGAAGGUUGUGUGACACCAGUCAAGGUCGGUGAUACCGCCAAAAAGUGUAUUGUUCCCCGACGGAGGAUGCCAACUCGGGGCUUUGAGGCCGCCUUGCGGAAUGGUCAUUUCCCUUCCCUUUCUCCUGUCACCGUUACACAGCCCGCACCGAGAAAAGUUGAUGAGUCACUUCUGGCGGCUUUAGUUCGAGUGAGACGUCGAUUACGGUUUGGGCGGAAACCUCCGAAAGAAAGGAGCAUUGUGACUCAGACAGAUGUGUUACAGGAUAUUCGAGAAAAGAAGCCAUCUGAAUAUAAUGUGUCUGAAGACGAGCGGAGAGUGUCAACAGCUACACCUCCAUGCGACAAAGACGACGAUGGUGUGAACCCUAGGAGUACGUCCAGACCGACAGGACUGUGCGCAGCCCUCAAUAAACUGGGGGACCACAGCGGCAAGUGUUCAUCAGACUGUUCACAGACUAGGCGAUCCAGGAAGAAGCUGGACAUGUCGGAUUCUGGGUCCAUUAUCAAACUAGAGAGUCCCUUGCCACAGAGAGAAACGUAGAGCUGAACAACCUGUUGAAAACAGGAUGUGCGAGAUCUGAGACCGAAUUCACAAAUUAACUAUGACUGAAAGACCUAAGUCAGAAUUUGAAGCCUCGUCACAAUGCUUAGUUUUAGGUACUGUAAUUUGGAAUUUUUACAUAUUUGUGUUAAUAUCAGGCUAAUAAGGAUUUCAAAUUUCAACUUAAGUCAUAAAUAGUUUUGUGAAAUCGGUCCUCUGCUGUGCUUGAAGAUGAACUGAUGAACUGAUGAGCAGUGCAGAUAAAGCUAUUAUAUAGUUCAACAACUGUUUUUGACGGUGCUCGCAGUUUUGUUAUUUGGACGUUGAUGUUUUUGUUGAUGUUUAUAAAGUUUUGAUUUUCAGACGUUAUGUUCUUUGUGGAUUCGCCACAAUCAUGUGCUGUUUGAUGUCAUUGAUUACAGUUGCGAUAUAAUAAUCGUAUUUUGACUAAUCACGCAUAGACCAUUCUUAUUGUAAAAAAUCGUUACUGUUCUAACGGCUUAAUCAUCUACAGUUAAUUACUGCUCUUUUGUAACAAAACCAUCGCUGAAUCAUUGAGAAACAUUGCCAUCUUUUUUAACCAGUGAGGACAAAUCAUGAGACUUACAAGUGGAUUGAAUUCUGAAUGACUUAAUCAUGUACACAUCGCAAAAUAGCAAUAAAACUCAUCAA